AUGUUGCAUUCCACAGGCCCAGAUGAUGUUAGGGAUAUGUUCACCUUAAUCCAGCGCGAAAGAAGGAUUAUACUCAUAUCCAUUUUUGUUGCGUUGGCUCAAUUCCAGUAUGGCUAUGAUUCCGCAGCAGUUUCUGGGUUCCAGAGCAUGCCUGGUUUUCUCGCUAUCUUUGGAUAUGUGGAUCCUACAAACACUCUUGGCUUUGGUAUCCGCACAUCUGUGCAAACUCUUAUCCAGAGCCUCAUGCAGCUAGGAGGCUUCUUUGCGUCGGUUUUCAUUUUCAAAUAUGGAACUCACAUCAGUAAUCGAAGAGGACUAUGGAUUGGAUGCGGCUUCUCCAUUAUUGCGAUCAUACUACAAAUGAGCAGCGUUCAUUUUGCUGCUUUGUAUGCGGGAAGGCUCCUUCUUGGAAUCUCGAAUGGCUUUUUCCUGACGUAUUCGGCUACAUAUCUGGGGGAGAUUGCACCUACCAAUCUACGCGGAUCUGCCGUGGGCCUCGUUACGUUUCAAACCUCAUUUGGUGCCUUGAUAGGUGUUCUGAUCGACAACUACACUACGAAAUACCAAUCGCGCACUUCAUAUCUGAUUCCAUUAGGAGUUAUGUUUGUCGUCCCCGUAUCUUUAUCUCUCGGAUUGAUGUUUCUUCCCGAGAGCCCGCGGCAUUACAUACGCCUUGGAUCCGAGGAAAAAGCCGAAGAUUCGAUCCGCAUUCUUCGAGGAAUCAAAGAUCACAGCCAGCUGGUGGCUGAAGUUGCUAGCAUACGUGGAGCCUUGAUGAUGGAAAAUGCGCGGAGUGAGACCACUCGGCUUGUCGACGCAUUCAGAGGAACUGAUCUCAAGAGAACGAUCCUUAGUAUGUGCUGCAGCAUUGGCCAAACAGCCAGUGGCGUGAUCUUCUUUUCCUCUUACUCCAUUUAUUUCUAUGCUGAAGCGGGAGUCAAGAAUGAGUUUGUUUGGGUUAUGAUGAGUUUAGCAAUUGCUCUAACGGGCAACAUGGGCUCCUUUUUUGUCAUGCGCUUCAUUGAACGGCGCAUGCUCCUGAGUCUAUGCUCUAUCAUCAACGCCUUCGUUAUGUUUGCUAUCGCAGGCGUAUAUACACGGCUGAGCACUGGAUCCUACACAGCUGCACAGGUCCUUGUUGCAAUGGGAACAUUAUUUACAUGGGUAUAUGGAAUUGGGCAGGGUCCUGUGCUUUGGGCACUGACGGUAGAGUUACCAUCCCAGCGACUACGAUCAAAAACAGUUGGUCUAGCAACGGGCUGCAACUAUAUAUUUGCAUGGGUUGCAACAUAUUGUUCACCCUACUUUAUCAACCCAACUGCUCUGAAUUGGGGGCCGAAAUACUGCUACAUAUGGGGGGCUAGCAAUCUAAUCCUAGGAGUAUGGGCCUUUCUAGUGAUACCAGAUGUCAAAGGGAAAAGUCUGGAAGAGAUAACAGGUUCAAUGAUAGGGGGCUCCGAAGAGAAGACUGGCAACACAGUGGAGGCCUCAGGAUAG